GUUCCCCAUUUGCACUCCCCAAGUAAAACCCAGCCGCUUCCCUCUUCGGCCCGAACCCUUCGCUCGUGUGCCCAAGCUCCGCUGUUUUCGUGACCUAGCCGACCCAUUCGGCGAAUGCUCUCCUGGUUCUCUCUCCACCAGCCAACCGAGCGCUUCCCUCCUCCCUUUAUCCGUGAGCACCUUCCCCUCAAAAACCCAAACCGUAAGCAACCUUCCCUCCGAAGCCGCGGACCAGUUUCCUGCUCUGCCGAUCGCCGCCCGGAUUUGUCGAUUGCCGCCCAGAUCUGCCAAUCGUCGGCUAGACCUACCAAUCUCCACCUAAAUCCGGCAGUAUUGUGAAAGCGUUGAUUUGGCUGGUUGCCGAAGAUGGAUACCCCUCUCGCAACUGCUGUCCACAAGGAAAAUGUACGCAUUGAUGGAGGAAAAGCUACUGUGACAAUGAAACCUGAUAAGCUGAAAACUGCUAAGACUGCUGGCAAAGUGCGCAAGGCUUUGGAAGAUCUGAGAAGUACUAAUUUACUUGUGGUAGGGGCUUCAAAAGAUGUUGAUUUAAAGCAGAAGUCUACUAGGAAAGGCAACGAAGCAGAAAAGAAUCAAAUGACUAAGAGACACCUUGUUACUGGGCAAACGAAAGUUGCUAAUCUGAAUAAUAAGUCAGUGUUGCAGGGAAACUAUGUGGAGGGGAAUAAACCCUUCGACCAUAUAUUGACUGAUGAAGAAAUAAAAAAGUGUUAUGAAUGGGCUAAGGAUGGAAUAGAGGGAAUGGGAGGUUAUUCUUGGUCUGCGAAAGAUGAGACAAAUUUUGUUAUGAAACAAACUUUGUCAGAGAUAAUGGCAUCAGCCAUUGGAGUACCAGUCUCAGAGUUGGAACAACCGUUUACGAGUGAAGAAGAAGGCUAUGAGACAGAUGAUUCGGAAUUUAAAAUAUCAGUUCCAGGGCGGUCUUUCAUCAGUUUAUACACCAGAUGAACAAGAUGAUCCUAUUGGUGUAGUUGGCUUAUGGCUGGAAGAGCACUACCCAUUGCCAGAAUUAAAGCUAAAUGAUGAGUAAGAAGAAUUUAGUAUUUGGUAGUGACGACAGUAUUAAAUCUGAAAGCCUGAUUUCUUAGUAGAAUUUGCAAUCAGUAGAAAAUUUCUUAGGUUUGUUGAAGCUGUGUAUUUUAAUUACUUUGAUAUCAAAGAUCACCUCAUUUUUUUA